AUGGUUCCGGUGACGUUGCGGAACGGGACAAAUGAGAUGAGCGCUCUCACAUUCCUAGAUUGCGGCUCUUCGCUCACGCUAAUCGAUGAGGAAGCCGCUGAUCGGCUCGGUCUGGGAGGCUAUCACGAUCCGCUCACCAUGAAAUGGACACACGACAUCAGCCGGCAGGAAGAGGAGAGUCGCCGGGUGAAGGUGACGGUGCAGUGCACCGACGGCCAUCCAUACGUUCUGAAGGGCGUACGGACGGUGAAGACGCUGCAGCUGCCGGCCCAAGGUUUGGAUAUGGCCACGCUGCAAAAGUAUCCGCAUCUCCGGGACGUGCCGCUCACGGCGUACGAUCGGGCGCGACCAACGAUUCUCAUCGGGCUCGGACAUGGCCAUCUCCUCAUGGGCUUGGACCGACGGAUGGGUGCGCCGAACGAACCGAUGGCGGUUCGUACAAAGCUCGGCUGGGUUGUGUUCGGUACCGAACAGGUGAAAACCGGCAGUGAGGAUCACACGAUGGUACACGAAGAAGCAGAGAUGAACGAAAUGAUCGCGCGAUACUUCACGACGGAGGAUUUCGGCGUGAAAGCGGCGCCAGCGGUGGAGUCAGAGGAUGUGGCAACUGCCAAGAAAACCAUCGAGUCGACUCUGGUCAGGAGGGGUGACAGCUUUGAGGUGGGCCUUCUGUGGCGAAGCAACCGUGUGCGCUUCCCGGAUAGCUACCAGAAUGCGGUGCACCGACUCGAGGGGUUGGAAAGGAAGUUGGGAAAGCGACCGGACCUCCAGGCGUGGGCUCUCCGGACGUUUCAGGAGUACGUCGAAAAGGGUUACAUCCGGAAGCUGACGCCCUCCGAGCUGCUUCGCGAGGAUGUGUUUUACGUUCCCCACUUUAUCGUCGAAGGAAAGAAGCCCAGGAUCGUGUUCGAUGCGGCGGCGCAGGUGCGCGGAGUGUCGUUAAACUCGCAGCUGUUACCCGGGCCGGACAACCUGACGCCGUUGUUUGGAGUGCUGGUUCGCUGUCGAGAGCAGCGGAUAGCGGUCGCGGGGGACAUCCAAGAGAUGUUCCAUCGGGUGAAACUGCGUGAGAGCGACCAACACUUCCAGCGGGUCUUGUGGCGAGACUGCGAGCCGGGACGGGACCCGGACGUCUAUGUUGUGCAGGUGCUCACGUUUGGGGCGACCUGUUCACCAUCCUGCGCUCAGGCCGCGAAGAACAGGAACGCCGAGGAGCUUGCCGAUCGCUAUCCCCUGGCGAAGGAUGCGAUACAGCGCCAGCAUUAUGUCGACGAUUACAUCGACAGUUUCGCGAGUUUGGCGACGGCCACGGAAACGGUGGCACAAGUGAUACAGGCUCAUGAUGAAGGCGGGUUCCGCAUCCGAAACUUCAUCUCGAGCAGCAAGGAGCUUCUCGCGUGGAUUCCUGAGGACAGGCGGUCGUCUGGUGCGCAACUAAUGCUCGAGGAGAAGGCCGCGAGCUACGAGCGGAUCCUUGGGGUGUUUUGGGAUACCAGUACGGACAAAUUCGGGUUCUGGACAAACUAUCAGAAAGCGGAUCCAGCCACCAAGAGAGAAGCGCUCAGCUUCGUAAUGAGCUUAUACGAUCCGUUGGGCCUUGCCAGUCAUGUGACGAUUCAAGGCCGCGUCCUGAUGCGUGAGGUUCACGUAGCCACGGAAGAGUGGGACGAGCCCAUCCCGGAUCGUCUGUGUGCGAGGUGGGAGGCGUUUGUGCGGCAGCUAGAGGCACUAAAAGAUGAAGCAGUGGAGGUACAGCGAUUGGCGACGGUUAAUCCGCCAUUUGAGAAGCGGUUUUCGGUGGCCGAUUUCGACGAGGCUCGUCGUGCCAUGUACCGGAAAGCCCAGCAGGACGUGUAUGCUAAGGACAUCGCGGCAAUCCGCAGACAGGGCCACGUCGACAAAGGCAGCAGCGUGGCCAGCCUCAACCCGUUCCUGGACGACUACGGGGUGAUGCGCGUGCGAGGGAGGUUGGAGAACGCUACAGCGCUUGAUCGCGCCGCUCGGAUACCAGUAAUGCUUCCUCAGAAGCACAAGAUCACGGAGCUGUUGGUCAGAGACUACCACGAGCGCGGACCGCACCAGGGGGACAACGUGGUUGUCGGCAUGGUGCACGAGAGGUUCUGGGUCGUAAAUCUGCGCGCGCAUCGGCGUGGGAAGGUGCGCCACCUGUACAGCGACAACGGCACCAACUUCGUCGGCGCUGAGGCAGAGUUGCGGCGGCUGGUCGCCGACGUAAACACCAAGAUGGGCGCGAUGGUGGCCACUGAGAUGGAGAUGGAGAGGCAUUUCAACUCGCCAGCCGCGCCGCAUUUCGGGGGAGUCUGGGAGCGCCAGACCCAGACGGUAAAAAAGGCCCUACGACACGAUGCUAGAGGAAUGGUGCUUGCGGAAACCAAUGGGGGAUUUUUUUGA